GGCAGCGGCGCCUCCCCCGCCCGCGCGCCCUUGCUCCGCGUCCGGCCCGCCUCGCCCCCGCGCGGCCUCUCCGCUUUCUCUCCCGCUUCGCUCCGGCCUCGCCGAGUCUGCAGCGGGGCGCCGGGAAGAUGGCGGCGCGGGGAGGCAGCGCGGGGGGCGCGGGCCUGGGAUCCGGACCCUCUGCUGGGACGGCGGGGGAGGCCGCGGAGCCCGCGCUGCGCCCGGGAGAGGUGGCCGCGCUGCACCCCCAGGAGGUGGCCGCGCGGCUGCAGCGGAUGCGGAGGGAGCUGAGCAACCGGCGGAAAAUCCUGGUGAAAAACCUGCCCCAGGACAGCAGCUCCCAGGAGGUUCACGAGCUAUUCCAGGACUACGAGCUAAAGUACUGCUAUGUGGACAGGAAUAAGCGAACAGCUUUUGUGACCUUAUUGAACGGGGAGCAGGCGCAGAGCGCGAUUCAGAGGUUCCAUCAGUUUUCCUUUCGAGGCCGAGAGCUGAUAGUGCAGCUGCAGCCCACAGACGCCCUCCUGUGCAUCACCAACCUGCCCAUCUCCUUCACGCUGGAAGAGUUUGAAGAACUCGUCCGCGCGUACGGAAACAUCGAGAGGUGUUUUUUGGUCUACAGCGAAGUUACCGGCCACUCCAAGGGCUACGGGUUUGUGGAGUACAUGAAAAAGGACUUCGCUGCCAAGGCCAGGCUGGAGCUGCUGGGCCGGCAGAUGGGGGCUUCGGCACUCUUCGCACAGUGGAUGGAUGUUAACCUCUUGGCCUCGGACCUCAUCCAUUCUAAGUGCCUUUGUAUAGAUAAACUGCCCAGUGACUACAGGGAUUCCCAAGAGCUCUUGCAGCUUUUCUCUGGCAUCCAUAGGCCUGUGUUUUGCCAGCUUGCACAGGAUGAAGGCGGGCAUGGCGGUAGCUUUGCAGUGGUUGAAUAUAGCACAGCGGAGCAUGCCGAAGAGGUUCAGCAGGUGGCAGAUGGCAUUACCGUCAAGGGGAGCCAAGUCCAGCUAUCCUUCUGUGCCCCGGGAGCGCCGGGACGAAGCACUCUGGCAGCCCUCAUAGCGGCUCAGCGCGUGAUGAACAGCAGCCAAAAGGGAUUGCUGCCAGAGCCGAAUCCGGUACAGAUUAUGAAAAGUUUGAACAAUCCUGCCAUGCUCCAGGUUCUUCUGCAGCCUCAGCUGUGCGGACGAGCAGUUAAACCAGUUCUUGGAGUCGCACCCAGCUUGUCUCAUCUGCUGAGCCCAUCCCUCCCCUCCGCGCUACUGCACUUCAGUAAAGCACAACAGAGCUCGGCUGUGGGUAGUGCGUCCCCCUUGCUCCUCCAGGCUCUGUCUCACCUCCCUUUGGUCCAGCAGCAGCUGAUGAAGUUUGAUAGCGCCCACACUAAUAAUAAGCCUGGCUUGCUCGGAGAGCCCCCCGCCAUGGUGCUGCAGCCUGCGCUGGCAAUAGGGCCGCCACUCUCCCUGAAGACGGACCUGGGACACCAUGGAGACACACACAAAACAUCUACUCUGAUUCCAACGCAAACGACACUGGCAGCCGGCCUGGGCAUGCUGCCAUUCUUCCCACAGCAGCUCACUGCCGGACAAGCCGGGCUGGGUCGUGGGACCACUCAGGAGAAGCAGUCCGCCUCAGCCGGCAUCACUGAAGCUAGUUUCUCAGGGCCGCAGCAGUAUCUGCAGACCUUCCCAGGCCUGCCCACUGGAGGCCCACUGACAGGCCACGAGAAGACACAGCAGAGCCCAGCAAAAGGCCCGGAGGCUGCCUCUAAGAAUCAGACUUCACUCUUGGGAGAACCACCCAGAGAAAUUCGGCUCAGUAAAAAUCCGUAUUUGAAUCUGGCGAGUGUGUUACCCAGUAUGUGCCUAGCCACUGCAAGUAAAGGCACGCCACACAAGACUGGAAUCGCAAGCAACAUUCUGGAUGCAAUCUCUCAGGGAAGCGAGUCCCAGCGUGUCCUGGAGAAAUGCAUCACUUACUCGCCACCUUUCGAGGAUUAUGCCCAGGUAUCUUCUUUGAGAAAUGAGAAGCGAGGCUCCUCCUAUCUCAUCUCUGUCCCAGAAGGAGGUCCAGUAGAACUCGCUGGCCAGCACCCUCAGGACACAGGAGUGAGCUACACAGAAACCUACUUGAAAAAGAAGCGUGUGUACUGAGCUCCGUGUCUCCUGCCCACUGCUGCGGUCCUCUGCAGUGUCUGCUGCUCAUCGCUGCCUUAACUUCAUUCACACUAGCCAUAUCCUUUCGAUACGGGUUUCUGACUUCCCAGAAUGAACUGUCAUGCAGCAGGCAGAUCAGCCAAAUACGCAACUAGCAAUAAGAAACGUCACUGGUCGGAGGGCAUUUUCCACUAGCAUUAGAUGUGUCUUAAUCCCUGUGACAACAGCUCAGCUCACUGGAGAAUCAGCAUUCCAAUAGUCCUUGUUUUGGGCCUGGGAACAAUUUUGACAUCAAAGUCUGAAGCAAUAAAUGGGAAACAGUGUUUUGUUUCCUUA